GGUUGCUGCUGUUAUACAACUUCAGUUAGCACGCGCCCGCGCACGCCACGCCGCGUCUCGCACUGUUGGAUCACAACAUAUAACCGGUGUUCACGCGUUCUGAACAAAUUUUCACUUUCCGUUGCGUUUAUUUUGCCGUUUACUCUACCUAUCUGCUGUUAGUCAGUCUGAGUGCUUCUAAAUUAAGUGGUGUGAUAUAAUUUUUUGUUGUUGGAUCCUGGAUUUUUUCCGCCAUAAUGACAUCGGAGGUGAACGAGUGGUACAAAGGCCGUAGCGUCCUAGUGACUGGAGCACUAGGGUUAAUGGGCAAGGUCUUGAUAGAGAAGCUGCUGUAUAGUGUACCGGACUUGGGCUGCGUGUACGCACUCGUGCGGUCCAAGCGCGGCAAGUCACCGGAGACACGCAUCGAAGAAAUGUGGAAACUACCAUUGUUCCAAAGAAUAAGAGAGGAGAAGCCACACGUCAUGAAGAAGCUGAUUCCUGUGACCGGCGACAUCAUGUAUGAUGAGCUUGGUAUCAGUGCUGAUCGCUUGAAUGACAUCUAUAACGAGGUAUCGAUAGUAUUUCACUUCGCGGCAAGCUUGCGGCUCGAGGCGCCCCUGAAGGAGGGUCUGGAGAUGAAUACCAAGGGCACCCUGAGGGUCCUGACCAUGGCAAAGAAGAUGAAGAAGCUCGUCGCUUUCCUACAUCUGUCUACCGCCUUCUGUUACCCUGACUAUGAAAGAAUGGCUGAAAAGGUGUUCGAUCCCCCAGCAGAUCCUCACGAGGUGCUCCGCGCGGCCAGCUGGCUAACAGAAGAGCAGCUGAACCUUCUAGCACCUUCCAUCUAUCAGAAACACCCCAACUCCUACACGUACUCUAAACGCUUGGCCGAAGCGCUGGUCAGGGAGAGCUACCCAGAGUUACCUGCCGUUGUUGUCCGACCUAGCAUAGUGACUCCAUCAUACAAGGAGCCAACUCCAGGCUGGGUGGACAACUUGAAUGGCCCCAUAGGGCUCAUGGUGGGCGCGGGCAAGGGCGUCAUACGAUCCAUGCACUGCUAUGGGCAUUACCAUGCAGAGGUGAUUCCCGUUGAUAUCGCCAUCAACAGCAUCGUUGUCAUUGCUUAUAAAACUGGCAAGGAUACUCAGAGGCAACCUGAGAUCCCAGUCUACAAUCUAACAACAGGUGACGACCGCAACACGACGUGGAAGCAAGUCCUGGACAUCGGCAAGGCGACAGUCCGCAAGUUCCCCUUCGAAGGGCCGCUGUGGUACCCCGACGGCAACAUACGCCACAACAAGUUCAUUCACGACCUCUGCGUCUUCUUCUACCACAUCGUUCCGGCGUACUUCAUUGAUUUCCUGCUCUUCAUCUUUAGGCAGAGACGAUUCAUGGUGCGAAUUCAGAAUAGAAUCACUAUCGGAUUAGAGGUCCUGCAAUACUUCACGACCAGAGAAUGGUGGUUCGACACAAACAACUUCAAGUCUUUGGUGGGCCUGCUGAACCCGGUCGAUAAAGAAACCUAUCCUAUGGACCUGACAAUCAUAGAGGAUGAACCUUAUAUAGAAAGCUGUAUGAUUGGCGGCAAACUCUAUUGUCUGAAGGAGAAACUGGAGAAUUUGCCCAAAGCUAGACUUCAGAAUCACAUUCUGUACAUACUAGAUCGCCUGGUAUCCCUGGUGUUCUACCUGGUACUUCUAUACUGGAUCGUGUCGUACUUCGAACCGGCCCGGGAGCUGCUGUCCUACGGCGGGCCGGCAGUAAGGUACCUACCGCUCGUCGGCAAGGCAGUGUUUAGAGACGCUUAGAUUAUUUGUACUGGGGCCCGAUUCUCCUAAGUUAAUAAUGUCAAAAUCGAAUAGAAAUCGAAUCGCAAUAUGAUCGCAAUAGCAGUUUUAACCAUAUCGGGCAUUCUGCUACUAAUAAAAGACCAAUCGUAUUCGAUUGACAUUUGAUUGGUGUGCGAUUGGUCUGCUAUUUUGUUAAUUUUGGUCUAUACGGUAGUUUGCUGUACAAUCAUUUUGCAAUCGUAAAUCAUUUGCAGACAAAAUGAUUCAUUAUUGAAUGACAGAAAAGGAUAAAAACGUUUAUUUCAAAGAAAAAAUAGCGGAAUGCCACAUACGCUUCAAUCGUAAUCGAGUCGGAAUCUGAUCUCAGUCGAAUCGAGUUGAACGUCAGUCGUAUAUCGCUUAAGUAAAAUUAGGAGAAUCGGGCCCCUGGAUAUUUAAUUAAGUAUAGGUAACUGUAACUAUUUUGGAAGAGGUUGGUUUGUAGUAUCUGCUAGUAUUUUUUAUUGCAGUUUUUUUUAUGUUUUUAGUUCUUAGGUGCAAGUUGUUACUCUUUUUUUAGAGUGCUAUGUUUUUAUGUGUGUGUUCAAAAUUGUAUCCAUCAAUUAGAAAAUAUAAUACAGGCACAGUGAAAUGCAAAACGAUGGUAUGUACUGUUUAUCUGUUACAAACUCAAAUGCGUUUGUCGACGAAAAAAUCG